ACGUGACGUCACACCACUCGCCGAAGCUUCAUUUCCUGUUCAUCAUGGCGGCUUUCCACUACAACUAUGCUAUCGUCUGUCGUAUUCCAGACAGUUUUCAGGACAUCCAGCUGCAGCAAGCAGAUGCGGACCCUAUCGAUAUUGAAAAGGCACGCGAUGAGCAUGCAGAAUUCAUCAAAACGCUUAAAAAAUGCGAUGUGCGCGUGAUUGAGUUGGCGUCGGACGAAGCGUACCCCGAAUGUUCAUUCCUUGAAGAUUGUGCUUUGGCUAUUGGAGGAGUGGCUCUCAUCCUCAGACCCUUCUCUAAGACCAGACAUGGAGAGGUUGCAGGGAUCCGGAAGCUUUUACAGGAACUGAACCUCCAUGUUUACGAGAUCAAGGAUCCCGAUGCAUAUGUGAAUGGAGGGGAUGUUUUCUUCACUGGUAAGGAGAUCUUUGUAGGUGUUGGCAGUGAUGAGAGGAGUAAUGAGAGAGGAGCUAAUGCAGUUGCCAAUGUUUUUCCCGAGUAUAAUGUUACGCCCAUUAAGAUGAGGGGGGAUGUUCGCCUCAAGUCCUUGGUGUGUAUGGCAGGAAGAGACAUCAUCGCAUGUGGAAACAGUCCCCAAGCCCUCAAUGUGCUCAACCAAAUCCGUACUACAGCCCAGUACAGCUAUAAGAUUCUGAAGUUGGACAACGACCGUGCGGCCAACAUGUUGUAUGUCAACGGUCGCCUUAUACAUCGUACACGUAAUGAGAUUGGGGAGAAGUGUUACAGUGAGAUACAAGAUAAGCUUGACCAGGUCCCACACCAUGAAAUCAGCUUCAAGGAAAUGAGCAAAGCUGGUGGCAGUGUAAUCAACAGUGUACUGUUGGUGUUAAAAAUGAAGCACCACAAGAGUGUGGUGUCCACUCUACCGUGACGGGGCCAGGUUCUGGAUGAGAAGAUUACAUACGUUAAACACAGACAGGAUAUCAGUGAAAUGGCCAAGGCUCGAGGCACACUGUCCAGUAUGGUCAUGUUCAUCAGUAAACACAGACUCCAUAAAGAGAUUGUCUCUAACAUCGGCCCUCAGGACCUGACCGCCUACACCGAAGUGUCCAACUUCUAACUCAUUUAUCAUUGAAAUACAUUCCAAACUUGGCUGGAACCUGGUAUAGAUAUAGGUCUAGCAUUUCCUUUAUGAUGUGCAGUCUGUAACUGAUAUUUUGUAAACAUCAAUGCUAUAGAUAUAAAAAUUGAAUUCAUAGUGAGAUCAUGAAUUGGGCAUUGUAAGCAAAAUAUAAGGUGCCAUAUAUAGUAGUAUAGUAUAUAGUUUUACCUAAACUGCCCAGGUACCAUGGCGUAUAUAAUAUAGAUUUAUCUACACCGCCCAGGUAUCAUGGCGUAUAUAAUAUAGAUUUAUCUACACCGCCCAGGUACCAUGGCGUAUAUAAUAUAGAUUUAUCCACACUGCCGAGGUACCAUGGUAUAUAUAGAGCUGCUGUUUUUUAGUGGCAUUGGCUUGUAUUUUAUAUCUGAAGCUCCAGUCAAAUUUCCAUUUAUUUUGCUCAAAUA